GUCUGAGCAGACGAACAAGUCUUCACAGUCUAGGAUGGAACGAAUGGAAGCCACAAAUUCAGGAAAGAAGCCGGAUCUACAAGUUUUGUUAAAGCUUGAUACAGUGGAAAAUGAAAUAGUACUUGCUGAGGUUUCACGAUUACUGCCUCAACAAGAUAAAGAAAUUAUCGAUUGGAAAAAAUUGGUACGUAUUUGCAAAGAUUGUUUUGAUGAACGAUAUAACAUUUUUUUUGAUGGAAGGGAUGAUACUACCGAUAUAGCCAGAUUGAUAAAUGUCAAGUUAAAGAAAGUUCCUGUUUUAGGUAUCCAAGUAAUACGAGAUCGUGUAGUCAUUUCUGCAUUAGACUUAUUUGAAGAUGAUUUUUAUCGGACCGAGACUGACAAACUUAUAUUUAGAAUUACAGAAUUAGAAUAUGCUAAGGAAGAGAAUAUUAAACUUAAAGCCGAAGUAGCAAAACUAAGGCAUGACUUUGGAGAAAUCAAACUACAGACCCAAGUUAUUACUAACAAAAAGGAUAUACCUUCUACAGAUAUUUCACACUCUCCGGCAAAUAAAACCACUAGUCAUAUGACUUUAAAAACAGAGAAUAAUCAUUCUUAUAUGAUUCCAGCCAAGUCUAAAAAGUUAUCAGAAACCAAAGUAAGUAAGGAAGCCAAGAAAACAUUACCAGAAACUAAGGUAAGUGAGGAAACUAAAGAAAUUUCUAUCAAAAAUCGUGCUGAUCAAACUAAUGCAAAG